AAAACAUAAGUUCCUUCCAAACAACAUUUACAAUGCUGACGAGACUGGUAUCAUUGCGGUGACAGACUCAGGAAAGGUGCUCGCCGAAAAAGGACAAAAAAGAGUCGGAUCUGUUACAAGUGGCGAACAGGGAAGCAAUAAACCCCAUUACCCCUUAGCCUGAGCGGCAUUACCCCAAAGUCAGGGGCAAUGGCGCUCAAGCCUGUUUUUUUUUUUUAUAAUGAUUUCCUAAUUCUUAUAAGUCAAAGAUAAAUACGUUUGGUGUUAAAAUGUUGAUUACUGAAUAGUUGAAGAACUUGUUAUUUUUUUGAAAUUUUGAAGUACCAUUAAUAUUUUGAAAAAUACAGUGUAUUUUCCUUAAGUGAACGCCAUUUCCCCUUUCUACCUUAAUUAUUAUUGCAGUAUUCACCUUCCAUUGUUGUUGGUUUUUAUUUUGAAAGUCGUGCGAUGGGCUUUGUAAAAAUGAUAAUGUAGGUCUAUUUUCAUACUUGGAUAGUUGUAUUAUAGGUUUAACAUUUGGCAAAGAACAAAUCUUGGGAAACAUUUUUGAAGGUAAGAACUUUAAAGUAGGAAGCAUUUUGUUUUGUUUAAAUAAUAUUAUAUCUGGCUUAAUAUUAUAUUCCACUUUUGUAAGAUCAUUUUUA